AAAACCACCCUAGCCAAAAUCAAAUAGAUCCAUUGUUUAAAGCAAGCAUAAUCAAUUUUUAUCAGUAUUUUUAUCUGGUACGAAUGAGUCACAACUGCAAUAAAUAUUCAUUCAACUCUUCUAAAUUUUCUUACAUAAAAUAACUAUAUAUAAGUAUUUCUAUACUUAUAUAACCAAAACCUCUCCUAGAGAUCCGAGUCCCUCUUAUUCCUCCCUACACCAACGCCCUAAACAAUUUUUUUAUGCCCGUCAAUACAAGAAAAUGGCAUCAUCCCUAAACUUCAUAUUAUUCCUCUCCUUAACCUUAUUUGCCUCGAUAGCCCGUACCGCCUUCUCCGAGUUUGACGACCCCGGCGGUGACGCUCCCCACGACGAAAUAAACAAAUGGUGUGACACCGUCCCCCACCCAAAGUCAUGUAAGUACUUCAUGGCUCGAACACCAGGUGUGUUCGAGCCAAAACAAAAAUCCGAUUUUAGGAGAAUGAUAGUCGAGGCGGCCUUGGACCGGGCCAUGGCGGCCCAAGGCCACUUAUGGAUGUGGGGUGAAAAGUGUGCUAACCAUAGCGAACGGGCCGCAUGGGCCGAUUGCAUUAGGCUCUAUAGCCACACCAUAAUCCAACUCAACUACACCCUAUAUGGCUUGACUAGUAACUCAAGUUUCACCGACUUCGAUGCUCAAACAUGGCUAAGUUCCUCCCUAACCAACCUCGACACGUGCAUGAGCGGCUCACGUGACAUGAACGUGACCUCGUUCAUAUGGCCUCACGUGGCGUACAACGUCUCGGACCUGAUCUCGAACGGGCUAGCCGUAAACGAAGGGCUAAUCGAUGAGUUUGUCAACACCACCACAAGUAACUCAACCAACUCAACCAACUACCCUAGUUGGGUGAGCCACCAUGAAAGAAGGCUCAUGAAAGUUUCGAGGCGGUUAGCCGCCUUGAACGCGAUGUUCGUGGUGUCGAAGGACCGUUCGAGCCCGUACCGGACGGUUCAAUCGGCCAUCGACGCGGCGGCUAGGAGCCGUAUAAGAGGGAGGAAAGUUAUACAUGUUAGAAGAGGGGUUUAUAAGGAGAAUAUAUAUGUAGGUCCUUAUAACAAUGAUAUUAUGUUGGUUGGUGAUGGAAUGAGGUAUACUAUUAUUACUAGUAGUAGAAGUGCUCGAUCUGGUUAUACUACAUAUAGUUCUGCAACUGCUGGUAUUGAUGGGCUUCGAUUCAUGGCUCGUGACAUAACCUUCCAAAACGCGGCUGGGCCUGAAAUGGGCCAAGCUGUGGCGCUUCGGUCGAGCUCGGAUCUUUCGGUUUUCUACAAAUGUGCAUUCCUUGGAUACCAAGACACCUUAUUUGUACACUCACAAAGACAAUUCUACAAAAUGUGCUACAUUUUUGGCACAAUCGACCUUAUUUUUGGUAACGCGGCUGUUGUGUUCCAAAGUUGUAUGAUCUAUGCUAGGGUACCCGUUUUAGGCCAAGCAAAUGUCAUCACGGCCCAGGGCCGGGUCGACCCGAACCAAAACACCGGGAUCGUAAUGCACGGGUGUCGGAUCAUGGCAGACCAAGACCUCUCGAGAAAAAUCCGGACCGUUACCACUUACUUGGGUCGACCAUGGCAACAAUAUUCUCGGACCAUCAUCAUGAGAUCGUAUAUGGGCCCAUUGGUUAACGGGGCGGGUUGGAUGCCCUGGAAGAGUAGUGGUUAUUUGAGCACCUUAUACUAUGCAGAAUUCGGGAAUUUCGGGCCCGGGGCAAGGCUUCAUAAUCGGGUAAGAUGGCCCGGUUACCAUAUUAUCACUAGACCAAAUGCAGUGAGACAAUUUAGCGUUGAACGGUUCAUCGCAGGCCGGAAAUGGCUGCCUGAAACCGGUGUGCCCUUCAGCCCGGGUGUCUAAAUCGUAAUUAGUUUACUAAUUAUUUCACUUGGUGAUUAAUUUCUCAUUGAUCAGAUUAGUAGAGAAACUACUACCCAGGGAUAAUUUUUACUCCCUUUACUGUUUGAGUAAUUAUUUGAAGAUUUAUCAGGUAGUAUUAUUCAAAAUUGUUUUUCUGAAAUUUGUUGAUUUAUACAUAAUUUAUUCAUGUAAAAAUAGAGGGAUUGGAGGAAAUAAUUUUAGGGCUGACAUUUUCCUUCA